UUGUAAUAUGCACUAACCUCUAUCAGAAGAUAUAGCGAUAACCAACUUCUGUGGAAUAUCUUGGACUGGUUGAAUUUCUGCUUUUUCAUAAAAUUGUGUUGCGCCAUCUCCAAUAGGCCGAACAGCCUUCAAAUCUCUUUCAGCCCUAGCAUACUUGGCUGCUGACACCAUCUUCAUGGAUUGGGUAAUUUUCUGGAUAUUUUUUACCGAUUUCAGUCUCAUUGAAAUUGAUUUCAAGGUGGCCAUACCCCUUUGUUGCUGUUGUUGCCCAUUUUGUACCAACAAGGGCACAAAACUACCGAAAUUACCGAAUCGUACAAACAUAUCUUAGCCUAGAAGUCAAAGAAUUACCUAUUAUGUAAGCCUAAUUUUUUUUUUUAGAAAUAUCAAGAAAAUCGUUUUAAGUGUAAUAAUAUUCUUUAGGCAUGCACUAAUAGUUUUGUAUUUCUUAAUCGUUAAUCCAAUUCAAAUACGAAAUACUUUUACAAAUAAUAAAAUUAUAAUAUACUAACCUUGCCACCUUGUAGGCCGACCCCAAAAAUCGAGUGACUUGAAUAGAGAAUAAAAAUGCGCUUGCGCCGAGAAUACAAUUUGGAUUAAUCGUCUUUAAAUAAUACCUCUUACAUAAAAAUAAUACAGUCGAACAAAUUAUUGAAAAUAUUUUUGGUUUAUCUGGUGACAAACAUUUUUUUGAAAAAAACUACAAAAAGAUUGAGCAAUAAGAUAAGCAGAAAUAUUUUGUCAUAAUAGUGACAAAUAAUUUAAAAUAACUAUAUUCAACCUAUAGUUUCAACCGUAACAUUUAUUAAAAAGAAGAUAUGUCAAAAUCUAAGAGCUGCAUAUUCAUAUAGAUAAAAGAUAUAUAAAAAAAAGGAAGACGAUAAGGGUCGGAUAGCCAUAGCAACUUAGGCGAAGACAACGUAAACUUAGAAGAAGAGAAGUUUUUGACAUUGACUUUUUUGUUUAUUUUUAUUAAUUUUUUUUCUUGUCAGUUUUCUCGUAACGUUUGGGGUGUAUGGUGUAUGUGUGUACAAUCCGUGCAAUUAUCGUAAAAUGUAUUUUAGCACUUGAAUAGACAUUAUUUUUUUUGUGCUUAGGAGCUUUAAAUACAUUUUAUUCAAAAUGUCGAAGAGAUUAACAGAAGAAAUGGUAAUUGCCAGAACUAAAAUAUCAGAUCUUAGUAAAAUUAAACGGUUAAAUUGUUGGGGCAGCGAACUAGUAGACGUUUCAUUGCUAAGAAAAAUGCCAUCAGUAGAAGUGUUGUCUUUAAGUAUCAACAAAAUCAACAGUCUAUCUGAUUUCCAAUUCUGCACACGCCUGGAAGAACUGUAUGUGCGACAGAAUGACAUUCAAGAUAUAUGUCAAGUUAUGUACCUGCAAUCCUUGCCGAAUUUAAAAAAUUUGUGGUUGGGGGAAAACCCGUGUGCCAAUGUGGAUGGGUACCGCCUUGCCAUUAUAAGGGCACUACCUCAGCUUCAAAAAUUAGAUAACAUCCAGAUAACUCAAGAGGAACUUAAAGAAUCUCAACGAAGAGGUAAAAUCCUCAUUCACCCCGAAGAUUAUCAAGAAGAAAGCGAAGAAGAAUAUAUACCUCCUCCAUCUCCUCAGCAACGAGGUACUAGAUCCAGGGACCAAUACUCAGAGACUGAAUACAGCCCUACGCGUGAGAGCCCGACAGCCAAGGAGGAUAUACGGACUACGGACUACGAGGAAACAGAAGACAGCGAAGAAAACUAUCCAAAGGAAGAAGGCUCCGAAGAAAGUCACGGGCAAUCGCCGCCAAUACAGACAACACCACCUAGAAGAGAGGUACCUCGUAGAAAUUAUUCACCUGAACCUGAGUACGUAGAAAGGCGGCAGGCCAAUUAUGAAAGAGAAUCACCUUCGAGACAGCAGCAGCAGCAGUACUAUGAGAAAUCAUCUCCUACUAACACAUCAUUUGAGGAAACAAUAACAGAAACUACCAACUAUCGGGAAACUAAAAUGGUAAACAGCCAAUCGGCGAAUUGUAUUAAGGAAUAUACAAAUGGCGAUAGAUACUGUCAAUCUCACGCUGGAAGUGAAUUGUCUGUUCCACAGGCAGUUGAUCGGAAGGAACGUUAUAGCUGUCCAGCGGCUGCUCACCGACCACCUUUUGUAAGACGACCAGUCACCAGGAAUUCAAAUAUCCUUUCUGCAGUUUUAUGUCUAGUAAAAGAGCUGGAUUACCCAAGCCUGGAAGUUGUAGAUAUGGCAGUGAGAUGUAGGAUGGACGAACUGGUAGAAUGACACAAAAAAUCUCGAGAGAGCAACGUCGCACAAAACAUUAACGAACAGCUUUAACAACAUGGUCUGAUUUUUUCUUAUUAUUUACAAUAUAUUGUUAGAUUUUUAAUGGAUUGGGUAUAAAAAUUAUAAGAAAGAAAUUAAAUAAAUAAAUCAUAACCAGUUUCGUACAAAAUGUACAAAUUAACUUAAAAUUACUGUAGAAAAUUAAAAAAUAUACAAUGUAAUUUGGUCGAUUUAUUGGUGCAAUCUAAUACUAAAUACAAUAUGUAGAAAAAUUAAGUCGUCUAUUAAAUAAUCACAGUUCGGAAGAUAUUUUACAAAAGAUUGGCAAAGCAUUAAGAAAUAAAGAGUGGCCCACAAAGAAAAUCUUUCUAUAGUAAGCCAUGAUCAAGCAAGAUAAACAGAGAUUCGAGUUAUGUCCGACGUACGUAAAUUCUUCCAAGGCUUACUUUUCAAACAUUUUUUGUGGUACAUUCCUUACUAUUAUAUUGAAAUUGAUAUUGAACGCACUUAUUAAAUUUACCGAAUACAAUCCAUUUAAAACAUUGUUCAAAUAAUAUUUAUUGUGAGUUGUGUUUACUUAAUUUUUAUUCAAAUGUCUUAUGGAGUGAAAUUUUUUAUGGACAAUUUUUUACAAGCAGUUUUAAAUUAUAGAAGCUGAUAAUAAUUAAAUUAAAAAGCGUUUGCCACGUUAUAUACAAUUUUUAUACCGCUACUAUAUUCAAAAAACGCGAAAUAUGAUAUAUUAUGUAUUAUUAAAACUUGUGCAAUAAAUUAAUAAACGAAUAUUGCACGCUGUGUUCUUUGGAGUUUGUAUUUAAUAUUGCAAAAAGGACACGUUGUGAUAUGCAAAAUUCACUGGUACGCCUUAUUUGAAGUAAUUUUGUUGGGUAUGAAGGUAGUGUAAUUUAUAAGAGUUUGUUGUACUGUUUUAAAGCGUUUUUAUGGGAUCCUUUUUCUACUUUAUCAAUUGUUUAAUUUCCUUUAUUUUAUAUAUAGAACAUCUGACACGUUUUUUCAGACAAAUACUCAUUUUUUUUUUAAUUAGUUCAGAGUUUCCACAUAAAAACGACGUUUUUAAACGUAUUAGAUAUCAAGGAUCAUCUGAAGUGUUUGGAUUGUCUUGAUUUUGAAAAUAAUUAUUUUUGUUGGAAUUAUGCAUUGAUAUUGAGAUAUUGUGAUAAAAUUAAUUUUACGAAUGAUUGCAUACAUUUUUGUGUUAUUCAAUUGGAAUCCUGCUCAACAAAAAAUGUUUUUUUUUUUAAUUAUAUUUUAGAAAUUAUAAAUUUAUUUUAUAGACAAUUUUGAAGUUGCUUUAUUAUUUCCAAGAUAAUUUUGCAUCAUUCACUGCUUACGUAGAAAAUCGAUAGAUUAGAAAAAUGAUUCUAUUUGUUUAACAUAUCUGUGUUAAAUAAAUAUUCUUCUGUUUUGAAUAUUUUCUCUAAUGUUAAAUUUGCAAACGUUUCUAUUCCUUUAAAAGUAGUUACUAUAUAUUUCGUACCAAUAAAUUGCUCACAGUAGGAAAAUAUAGAAAAUUUAGAAUAAAAUAAAUAUUGUUUAAGUAUCUUUAAAUACAUCACUAUUAUUAGCAGAUGGAUAAAAUCAAAGGUACUUCCUACUAAUUUUCUUAUUCUAAAUAAGGUUUUAGAAGAAUAGAAAAGUUUAGUUUGAAAUUAGGGCAGACAAAUAUUUUUAUAGAUCUGACGACUGUAAUAUACAUUUUCUUGAUGUUUUUUUAUUCCAUGAAUGUCUUUUGGAGUUUGAAAGAGGUUGAAUUUUAAUAUUUUAUUGUAUUAUGAACUAUUGUUGUGCGUAUAGUUAUAAAUUCUUGCCAAAAAUUAUUUUGAAUCGGUUGAUUAUAUUUGUAAAUAGAAUUUUUUAUUCCAUCCAUUUAGCCUUUGUUCAAAAGUGCUUUUUAUAUUUUUAUUAAUUAUUAAUCUAGUCGUUAACAAUUCGUUUGUACUUUUAUAGAUAUUAUUUACUGUAACUACGUUAUUAAAUUUUGUUUAUUUUUUUUAAGUAAAAUAUACAGUUACGUAAGA